AUGGUUCUUGAAGCGAUCAAGUACACACCAGCAUCAGGUGCAAAGGCUGCAACUUUGCAAAUUCUCAACCAACUUCUUCUACCGCACCAGUCAACCUACAUCGAAAUAAAAACGUGCGAAGAUGGAUUCGACGCCGUCAAGCAGAUGAAAGUUCGAGGAGCUCCAGCCAUUGCAAUCGUGGCGGCACUUUCCUUAGCUACAGAGCUCAGCCAACCCAACUAUUCAGCCUCGUCUGCUUCGUCCGCAAAAGACCACAUCAUCGGAAGGUUGCAGUACCUGAAGAAAAGCCGGCCCACUGCGGUUAACCUGGGAGAUGCUGUUGGCAAGUUGAGCAAAAUUGUAACUGAAGCGGCGGCUGCUCAAGAACCUUCUGAUAGCUCAGUUGUUGAAGCCUAUAUUUCAGCUGCCGAGCGCAUGCUCAUCGACGAUGUUUCGGACAACAAGGCUAUUGGUGCCAAUGGUGCUAAGUGGAUAAUCGAGCACACAGAUGCUGGGAAGUUGAAGGGCUCCGACAAAACUCAGGAACUCGAGAUCCUGACUAUCUGCAACACUGGAUCGCUUGCCACAGCUGGCUAUGGAACUGCUUUGGGCGUCAUUCGUUCUUUGCGAGAGGGUGGUUUCCUGACCAGAGCAUAUGCCUGCGAAACUCGGCCCUACAACCAGGGCUCGAGGUUGACAGCUUAUGAGCUUGUUCACGACCAGAUCCCAGCCACUCUCAUCACAGACUCAAUGGCAGGUGCUCUGCUUGCACGAAAAGAUCUUGAUACGGCAUCUGGUCAAGACAUCACCAUUGAAGAACGUGCGCCACAAGAAGUGACCAGAGUACAAGGUCCGACAAUCGAUACUCAUGGCAACCUCAGUGAAACUGUUACCAUCAAUAUUGCUGCCGACGGUAUUGACGUAUGGAAUCCUGCCUUCGACGUUACACCUGCAGAUCUCAUUGAUGGUGUCAUCACAGAGGUUGGGGUCGUGGAGAAGGAGAAUGGUGUUUUCAAUUUCCAGCCUCUUUUCGCCAAUACAACAGAAGCAACGUUCGAAACACGCCCAUCGACGAUUGGUGGAAUGUAA